UACUGUGUACUUUCCACUCUUCUCGUUACAACAUCCAAGCCAAGUCAAACACAUAUUUAAAUCUUAUUGCAGAUAUUCAACAUAUUCAUAUUCUUAUUCAGAUCGAGUCACCAGCGCCAAAGCUUGACCAUGCUCAUCACACCAGUCUUACUGCUUUUCGCUAGCGUCAUUCCCUGCAUGGCGGACAGCCCAGCGACAACGGGAAACAUCUUCAUGACUAUCCAAACAAUCGAUGUCUCCUCGGUAUCCAUUCCGCGGCCUCUAACCGGGUCGUGCAUUGGAACCGAUUGCAUCGUUGGCACUGAGACCGAGUCCCAUUGCGUUGAAGUCUGUACUGGCAAUUCUGCGUGCGCGCGGGCAUGUGGUAGCACAGCCGCCGGGACUGAAACGGGCGGAGGAUUCAGUAUCCAAACCGACUCCACGUCGAACCCCGUUACCGUGCCACAAGCAACAACUGGCUUGCUUUCCACUGUCUCUGACACUGGAGUCAUGUCGAUUCCUUCUGGGGAAGUGACUGUUAGCAGGACUGCCAGCAGGACCGCUUCUGCUCCGGCACAGUCUUCAGGAACUGCUUCACGGGGCCAAUCUACCGGCGACGGCGCCGUGAUCCGCCUCGUGCUGACGCUCUCCAUGCUAUCCAUCACUUUCGGUUUUGUAUGGACGCUGAUCUAAUUGGAGAAGUGUUCUUGAGCUCUUUGUAAGCAGUCGACGGCUUGUGACGGCCCAGAUUGAUACCCUGGGUCAUUGAGAAGCAGAUUUCCUUCCGUUCAUUCAAAAAUUGGCUUACUAGUGGCGUUUGGGACUCUCGUGCUUGAUUGGGAAUGGUGGGGGUUAUGUGCGUGCUGGAUACAAACUCUUAAGAGUUGUGUGUGAGAGAGCCGUGUCUGAGGCCAUGUAGCCAAAAUUCAAUACUCUGUGCGAG